CCCCGAUGGCUCGGAUGGGGCUUGCGGGCGCCGCUGGACGCUGGUGGGGACUAGCUCUCGGCUUGACUGCAUUCUUCCUCCCAGGCGCCCACACCCAGGUGGUCCAGGUGAAUGACUCUAUGUACGGCUUCAUCGGCACAGAUGUGGUGCUGCACUGCAACUUUGCCAACCCACUGCCCAGUGUGAAGAUCACCCAGGUCACAUGGCAGAAGGCCACCAAUGGCUCCAAGCAGAACGUGGCCAUCUACAACCCAGCCAUGGGCGUCUCCGUGCUGGUUCCCUACCGCGAGCGCGUGGAGUUCCUACGGCCCUCCUUCACCGAUGGCACCAUCCGCCUCUCCCGCCUGGAGCUGGAGGAUGAGGGUGUCUACAUCUGCGAGUUUGCCACCUUCCCCACGGGCAACCGUGAGAGCCAGCUCAAUCUCACUGUGAUGGCCAAACCCACCAACUGGGUAGAGGGCACCCAGGCAGUGCUUCGAGCCAAGAGAGGGCAGGGUGAUAAGGUCCUGGUGGCCACCUGCACCUCGGCCAAUGGAAAGCCUCCCAGUGUGGUGUCCUGGGAAACACGGCUGAAGGGCGAGGCGGAAUACCAGGAGAUCAGGAACCCCAAUGGCACAGUGACAGUCAUCAGCCGUUACCGCCUGGUGCCCAGCAGGGAGGCCCACCAGCAGUCCCUGGCCUGCAUCGUCAACUACCACACGGACCGCUUCAAGGAGAGCCUCACUCUCAACGUGCAGUAUGAACCCGAGGUGACUAUUGAGGGAUUUGAUGGCAACUGGUACCUGCAGCGGAUGGAUGUGAAGCUCACGUGCAAAGCUGAUGCUAACCCACCGGCCACCGAGUACCACUGGACCACGCUGAAUGGCUCUCUCCCCAAGGGCGUGGAAGCCCAGAACAGAACCCUCUUCUUCAAAGGACCCAUCAACUAUAGCCUGGCAGGAACUUACAUCUGUGAGGCCACCAACCCCAUUGGCACCCGCUCGGGCCAGGUGGAGGUCAAUAUCACAGAAUUCCCCUACACCCCGUCUCCUCCCGAACCUGGGCGGCGCGCUGGGCCGGUGCCCACGGCCAUCAUUGGGGGCGUGGCGGGGAGCGUCCUGCUGGUGCUGAUUGUGGUCGGCGGGAUCGUGGUGGCCCUACGCCGGCGCCGGCACACCUUCAAGGGUGACUACAGCACCAAGAAGCACGUGUAUGGCAACGGCUACAGCAAGGCGGGCAUCCCCCAGCACCACCCGCCCAUGGCGCAGAACCUGCAGUACCCGGAUGACUCGGACGAUGAGAAAAAGGCCGGCCCGCUGGGUGGGAGCAGCUACGAGGAGGAAGAAGAGGAGGAAGGCAGCGGAGGGGGCGAACGCAAGGUGGGGGGCCCCCACCCCAAGUACGACAAGGACACUAAGCCCCCCUACUUCACCGUGGAUGAGGCAGAGGCCCGUCAGGAUGGCUAUGGGGACCGGACUCUGGGCUACCCGUACGACCCCGAGCAGCUGGACUUGGCUGAGAACAUGGUUUCUCAGAACGACGGGUCUUUCAUUUCCAAGAAGGAGUGGUACGUCUAGCCCCCCCUUCUAGAGCUUCUGUCUGUGCCCACUUCUCCCCAGCCCCUGCCUGCCCGCACGCCCCCUGCCCACCCUCUCCAGGAGCUCAGCAGAGACUCACCCAGCUGCACAAAGCCAGACCCAAACCCGGGGGCCAGGGGAGCCCAGGGCAGAGGCGACUUGGCUUUGUUUUUUAUUUCCUCCCUCUCCCUGCCCUUCCCUGUGGUGUUGUGUUCAACUGUGGCUCUAGUGUUGCUGUACCCUCCCUUAACCGGCCCCACCCGCCUGCCCUUCGUGUAGGGAGCCCUGUUCUUGUCCUGUGUACCUGGGUGUCCCUCCAGGGUUUGGGGAACUAGCCUCCCCUGGCCCCCAACACUGGAAUUUGUUUGCGUUCUCUUCAUUGCGGGUGGAGGGCUGCAGGGGCUCCAGAGGAGAAGCCCUGCCCCACCCCCAGAUGCUGCUCCUCCUCCACUGAAAGGGAGAGGGACCGCUACCCCCAGGGGAGCUGCCCUGGCUGGGAGUUUGGACCCCAAUCUAGACAGCCAGUGCACCUGAGAAGUAGGAAAGGGGGGGUGGCUUCUCCCAAGCACCCAGAGGAGUCUUGUUUGUUAAGUGGAGCCUUGGGCAGGGUUUUCCUGGUGAGGUUGGUUUUACAUUUUUUUUCCUCAUUGGCCUACAGAGGAUGGAGUUGGCCCAGCUCUGAUCGCCCCUCCUCUACCCUGUCUGCUCCCCACACAGUGGGGCUCCAGGUGGAUGCUGGCCCCCACUUCCAUGCCUCUGCCAACACACACACACAUGCACACCUGCACACACACUGCUCCUCUCCGCCCCGCUCUCCCCUGGGGCCACACACCCUAUCCAGUGUGGACACUGUCCACAGCCCACCCCUCUCUGCCCUGCCUCUCCCCCCUUACCAGCUGAGGAUGGGGGCUGCCUGUAGAAGCUUCCAGAGUCAGCUGAUACUAGGCACCCCGGUGCCUCCACCAUAGAAUCUCAGACCAGCCCCAGACGACUUCUUACAACACAGAAGUUGCUGAUUUCCCCCUUAUCUAUCAAGUGUUGGCCACUCUUGGCUCUCAGAUAGUCAGAGCUGGGAUCCCAGAAGGGAAUUACCUCCAGGAGGUGAAGAAGUUCCUGUGCGGGAACAAUGGAGAAGGUAGCCUGAUAGGGUGAGGAGUCCAGAUAAGGCCACACUGAAGGCCGAUGUAGAAGCCUCAGGUCUCAGGCCUGGCAGCGGGAAUGGG